GGUUGAAUUUUCAAUUUUCAGACCCCAAAAUCAGAAAACGCAGAAAUUGAAUUGCCAUAGUCACCACUCACCAGCACAGCAUCCAAGUCGUCCCUCCCUUUCACCUUUCUCUAAAUGGCUCUACUCGGGGACGACGGUCGUGGUUACGAACUCGCCUGCAAACUCGAAUCCUGCAACGUCUGGCGCACAUGGCUCGGCGAUUCCACCUACGCCAUCUUCGCCCCCUUCCUCAGUUCCACUUCAACCUGGGAAGCUUUCAUGGACUCCAAAUCUAGGCCUCACCUCCAUCUCCAACUCCGUGCUCGAGCUCUUCUUUUCGACAAGGCCUGCGUUUCCCUCUUCCUCCCCCCCAAUUCCUCCUCCUCCUCCUCCUCCUCUUCUUCUUCAAUCGCCGUUUCCAAGCUCAAUCCCAAUUAUUUGCAGCUCCACCUGGACGACGUCUACUUCACUCUAGAUAAUUCGUCGCAGGAUGGGGUGCAAGUUCAACAGCGUGACGCUUCGGUGCCGUCCAAGGUUCAAUCUAAAGCAGCUUUUGGUGCUGGAACAAGAUAUGGAGAAUCUGAAAUUGAUAACAUACAAUUGAGAUUCAAAAAUGGAGAGCUGCCUGAAACAUGGUAUAAUCAGUUUAUUGAGAGAUAUAGAAUGAGCAAACCGUAUAGGUUGUCUUCGGUGGAGCGAGACUCAGAGAAACGUACCCCAGAGGAGAUGUCUGCUUACCUUAAGCUUCACGAGAGUCAUAAGAAAAGACGUGUAGCUUUCAAAGAAGAUCCAUAUAUGGGAUAUGGAAAUCCCAUCCAAGAUGCAUCACACAUGAAGCCAAGUUCUCUUUUAGAUGGUAGUAACUCAGUUGAUAGCGAAACAUCUUUUUUCCCGGAAACAAUGUUUACAUUCAACUGUGUUCCUGAUAGUGCACUUCCACCUUUGAAUAGAGUGGAUGACAACAAAAAAGUGGAAUGUUAUGGAGUUCUUGAUACAUUGCCUCAGAUAAUGACUAGGAGUCCCGUUAUGCUUGAGAGGCUUGGCAUCAGGCCUGAAUACCUCAGCAUGGAACAAGGAGGAAUCUUACAUCGCGGAAAAAAUGCUUCUGGAGGGAACAAAAAAUGUCUUAGUCAAGAGCAAGCAACACAGUUAUCUCAAAAGGUAGUAGCUAGGAUGAUGACAAAUAUUGGGUUUGAAGGUACUACAGAAGUUCCAAUUGAUGUUUUCUCUCAGUUACUAAGCUGCCAUAUCCAGAAGUUGGGUGGCAGCUUGAAACUUCUUGCUGAUAGUUACAGAAAGCAGUGCUCAGCCCUUGAACUGCUAAAGAUGUUCCUUCAAACUGUGGGAUAUGGUAAUUUUGGUGCUCUAGUGGAGCAAGUCAAAGAUGGCUCCAAGAAUUUUCAGCAAACUCAGCAGCAAAUGCACGGAAUCCAGUCUCAGUUGCAGCCACAGCACCAGAAUCUUAUUCGACUACCCCAACAAGUCCGACAAAUGCAUCCACAGGUGCAACAAAUUGCCCAUUCCAAAAAUGUGCCUUUUCAGCAGCCACAGCAGUUAGAAAGAAUGCGAAGACGUCAACCAUCCACUCCUCGCAUGGGUAUGGAUAUGGAGAAGGACAGACCAAUGGUACAGGUCAAGAUUGAAGCCCCAUCAGAGUUACCCAUGGAUGGUAAUGCCUUCAACAGUUUGAAUAGCAGACAUCCACAGAUGCAGUUCAGGCAGCAGCAAAUUCCUCCAAUGUCGAAUCUUACAAUGUCAAAUGUCCAUGCUCAGUCGGGCAAUCAAUUUAGACAGAUGGCUUCCCAAAUUCCUCAAGUCCAAGCACAGAACACGAGUGUUCUGAGGGCUCCACCCGUGAAGGUGGAAGGAUUCCAGGAAUUGAUGGGCGGAGAUGCUUCAUCAAAGCAUGACUCCGACGAAAAUAGAUUGACCUCUCCCUCAAGUAAAUAACUUGCUGCGUCUGAACAGUCGGUAUAAACUUCUACCUUAUGUGCUUGCUACCUGUUCUGACCCUCAGUACCCUCUUACAUCUGUUGUAAAAGCUCAUUUUGUAUGCUAACCGUUGCUUGACGCAUAUAUAGUUUGAUGACGCUAAGGAAUUUCUUUUAGCUCUUUCA